AUGUCCGGUUCUCCCCCACCGGAGCCACCCAUCGAACCUCCCCAGAUUGCUGGUCGCCGAAGAAAGCGAUCCCACACGCCUCCCGCCACGACCGCCGCCGCCGCCAUCUCAUCACCCGUCCCAUCCUUGCAACAGACUACCCCCAGGUUAGGUGCGCAGUCAAGAGGUGGUGAGACCAUAGCAGCGUUCCCGGGCCAGCCUGGUUCGUAUGCACGCGCGUAUCCGCCUCCAGCCUCGUAUCAAUCCUCGUCGAGUCUACCUAGCACCCCGGCCGGCGGCUCCGACCCCCGAUAUGCGCCGACGUCCAUCUCCCCCCGGUCGGCACGGAAACCCAAGGCACAUGUGGCUUCGGCGUGCGUCAACUGCAAAAAGAAGCACUUGAGAUGCGACCACAGCCGUCCAUGCCGCCGGUGUGUUGCGAGCGGGAAAGAGGGCACCUGUGUCGAUGUAGAGCACAAGAAGCGAGGGCGGCCUCCCCUCAAGCCCGAGGAUCCUUCGGCGCGGCGAGCAUAUGAAUCUACAAUGGCCCCCCUGGCGGGACCCCUCGGAGGUCCGAUGAGAAGAAUGCCCGGCUCGGACCCAGCUGCGUUUCAGUCUGCGGGGGGUCAACGAGGUUUCAGGCCUCUUCAAGCCUAUGACCCAUCUCGAGCAUCAUUGAGAGGGCCGCCAUUCCAGUCAAUCUACGCCCAACCGUCCAUUUCCCCCAGCCCAGCCACUGCCUUGGGGACCUUUAUUCCUCCCUCACGACAAUACCCCCCUGGGCCUGCCUCCAUGCCAGGACAGCCGCCAUCACCCUACAGUCCUCGGCACUCCGAAUCUGCGCUGAGAUCCGUGGCGUCGUAUGCGGGCGGCUACAACAGCUAUCCGCCACCUCAAGGGCAGAUGGGCCCUCUAUCUCAUGUGACUUACUCCAAUCCUAUCUUUCCACGGCACCCCGGCGAGCCCUUAGCACCUAUGCAAGGCUCAACGAGUCUUCAGCUCCCGCCGAUCCGACCUCCGCCUGCUGGGCCAAUUGAUCCCGCAAUCACCCAUCCACCACCACCCCUACCCCCACCCCAUCAGCCCGUCCAGCAACCGCCGCGAAGGGAGCAGGACGGCAGGGGCGACGGAACCCAAGAACCUGACCCGAAACGACCGAAAUGGGACAUUCAGGGGAUUCUGGGCCCGAGACAUGAGUGA